AUUGUGAAAAUCACUAAAUUCCACUUUCUUUUUGCAGCUUUUUAUGUUCCCUGCACUGAAAUAGUAUACCAUUCAAAACCUGCCCCGCCCGCCGCACAACGAACGAACGCAGAUGCUAUGAAGGCAACAACAAAUCUCAGUUACAGCCACUCCGUUGCGUCCAGCGCUAGCUCCACAUCAACAGCCACUUCGUAUAACGUCAACAGCAGCAGCAGCAGCAGCGGCGCCAAUACAGCGGCCACACCCACCGCACCGACUGCAUCCGCACUGGUAUCGGCCGCAACAACAUCAACAGCAACAACAACGAAGUCAACUAAAACGAAACCCGCAUUAAAGACGCCAAAAGUGAGCUUUGCACCGCUCGACAUCACCUUCCCGCCACCGAAUACGUCCGCUACCGGCAGCAGCUGUGCGCUAACGGCCACGUGAUACGAAAACCCCAAUAUGCCACACAACAACAUCGUCUGCGAGUGGUUGCGCGCCAUCGGCAUGCAACAGUAUGCCGAUAGUUUCAUGGAGAACGGCUAUGAUGAGCUGGAGAUCUGUAAACAAAUUGGUGAAAUUGAUUUGGACGCAAUCGGCGUGGACACAACGCAACAUCGUAACAAGCUGCUGAAGAGUGUGCGUUCGUUGCGUGAGAAGGGUGCGGCCAUUGUGUAUGUGAUGAUCAACGAUCCGAAGGCGCUGAGCAGCAGCAAUGAGAUUUUGGCAACCGAUUGUGAUGCGCCGACGACUAUGAAAGAGUUGGAGGCCAUUAUGAAGCGGCAUUUAGAGGCCGAUGGUAUUCGAUUGACGGCGCAUCCCUAUUCGACGCCGGAGGGCAAACGCGGCUAUUUGGAGGGUCUCGCCGCGCACUAUAGCAAACAGAUUAAUAUGCCGUACGAGGACGUGUUGGACGCCAUCGAGGAGGUGCGCGUUUCAAAAUGGAAGGAGCGCCAUGUGCGCAUCUCAACCGGCCACACUUUAUCGCGGCGUGCGGGUGGCAGCAGCAGCAGCAGUGGCAUCGGUGUCAGCGUGAUGUCGGGCAUGAUGGGCGGCGGCGUAGGUGUCGGCUUCGGCAUUAUUGGCGGCAAUAUCGCAAAUCAAUCAACUCUGCCGACAAGUCACAGCCAACCAUUGUAUGUGCCUGGCAAGUAUUUGCCAUCGAGUUGCCUUUCGAAUCGUGAGGAGAAUGAAAUCUACAGCUUCGCGCAAAACGAUUUGGCAAAUCGCAUGGCCAGAAGUGCAAUUGAUUCGAAAUCGGCGGUUAACCUGAAUGGCAUGCAACACAGCUAUCCGGGCGCCAGGCGGAAUUUCUUCUACGAUUUCUCGGCAACAGAGGGACGUAAUCGAAACAAAAGACGUACGGUGUUUGCACGUUUCCUUAGCGGUCUGAAGCAAGGUGGCGAAGAAAAUAACCCCAACGAGGAAAUGCAAUUAAAGUCCGCGGAGAAGUUUAAGGCCUGCAGCACCAUGAAGCGCGUGGAGCCGCAUCAGAAUUUCGAAGAGACAAUACGAAGAUUGAAAACGCAGAAGAAAAAGGGCGAAACGCACGACAAAGGCAUACACGACCGCGGCAAGGAGGUGUCGCACACCAUGGUCAACGAAAUGCCACUCAACAAUUAUACGAAGCAUCCUUAGGACACGGCGAAAGGCGAAGCAACAGAGGCAACGGAACAAAAGGAGGGAAACGAUGAUGAAGAUAACGGGAAGGCGACACAUGCGGCGGACAAAGCGCAAGAGGCGGCCGAAAGCGAUACGGAAGUCAACAAAGACAAUGCAGAGGAGGCGGUCUGCAGCAGCAGCAAUGCGGGAAAGAGAACGACGGUGAACGAUAUGGACAAACAUAUCUACGAAAACCAACUGUGAGGUGGUGGCGUAAUUAAUAUGUAGGUGCAGAGAGUGCAUAGAGUGCAGCGCAUUGCAGUUAGGUGCGUGCGGGUUGAGGAAAUAAUUCAUCAGUUGCGGCGAUGGUGCGAAAAUGAUAAUAACUUUGCGGUUGUAAUUAUGCAUUCAGUUUUCCAUUUCUCGAAUUGCCUGUUGCAAAAUGCAAAAAAAGAGACACAAAAAACUCUCCAAGCCACAAAGCAGAUGUAGCAACAACAACAAUAACGCAUAGUUUUUGUAAAGUUUGUCGGAUAAAUUAGUUUCAUUUGCAGUUUUAAGGGCAGCAUUCAUUGGCAACCCAACCCAAUCCCGCCCAACACAGACACAUAAAUGCAAAUGGGAAAAACCUCAAUUAAAAUCCGCACCAAUAAUUUAAGUCACUUCAAUGGACCGCUACGCACAGCGACUGGAAGCACACAAACACACACACAUGCAUAACUGUCUGCACUCACUAAACCAUCGUGCGGCCAAUUGGAACUGUACACACAUCCCUGCAUAAAUAACGGUUAUUGGGUGGGCGAUAAAUUAGGCACAUCAUUCACUUUCACAGUCGAAGCUGUGCGCUGCUGCUCCCAUGUCGGUUUGGGUCUCCGACUCCGGCUCUGACACCAAGUUGACCAAGUGAAUGCACAAAGCAACGAGUAACGAGCGGCGAGCAACGAGCAUGGCAAAUCCUUUCGGGCGUCAAUGUGCUUAAACGGGGAUAACAAUGUCCAAUACACCAGGGAUUAGCAGUGAAUAAGCGGAAACCAAAUGGCCAACAAACCGUUGGACAAGCGCAAAGAAUACGGGGGACUUUUUAAACUGGCUGUACAGGGUGACUCAGCUGCUGUUUUGUAUGAGUGUGUGUGUGGCUGCCAAUCGCUUAACCGCCAGACCUGACCAAUGCCGUUCGAUCGAUGCCGCCAACUGACCGAAUGAGCUUUUCCACACACACACACACACACACAUAUACUGACAUACAUAUAUACAUUCUUGUUGUCUGUGUGUGCUUUGGUUUUCCAGUUUUAUUCUCCAUAUUGAAAUCGCCACAGUUGAUAAUUCAUUUUCAGUCACAUGGUACAUACAUACAAAUGCAUGUGUGGAGAUUAGUGGUGCCUGCAACAGCAAGUCCAGUUCCAAUCCAAUGUGAGCAUGCAAUCGUAAAAUCGAGUUUUUUUGCACGUUUGCAUUCAAAAAUCAUGCGUUGCUUGUUUUAAAAACGAUAGUGAGAGGAUAAAAAUAUAUAACACGUGAGAAUUCAGAGACAAGUUUACUCAGCUUUCAACAUUUCGGUAGAAGCAUAUGAGUAUAUGAGUCAAACUUUCUAAUAUUCAAUGUACUAGCAAUAUAUUUUCCGUUAGAUUAUUAUCAUACAUCUAUGCUCUGUUCCUUAUGAGCAACGUUUCGUUCGAGCCUACAGAUUAUGAUUAAAGUGAGUUCUUCAUUAAAAUUAUUUACAUUGCAUUAAACUCUUCUUAAAAAAAGAGUGCCAAAAGAACACUCGAUAAAAUGUAAAAGAGAAAUAAAAAGCUUUCGGGUUUGGGUCUAUUGUUUGGAAAAUUAAGAAAUUCAAACGUCGUAGACACCGCUUAUGCGAUUAUAACCAAGUUAACAACAGUUCUCCAUUCAUUUUUCCUUUUCGCUGUUUGGCGUCAAUUGGUGAUACCAAGUGUCGUUAGGUCCGUCUUCACUUGGUCUUUACAACGGAGUGGAGGUCUUGCCCUUUCUCUACUUCCACCAGCGAGAACUGCAUCUUCCAAAGCUGGAGCGCUUUCGUCCAUUCGAACAACAUGAGCUAGCCAGCCUCAUACAACUCAUGGUUCCAUCAUCUGCAGUAUUCGCCGUUACCAAUGUGCAAAGGACCAUAAAUCAUCCACCAAAUCUUUCUCUCGAAAACUAGUGCCGUUUCAUCGGAUGUUGUCAUCGUCCACGCUUCUGUUCCCUAAAACGGGAUGGGAAUGAUGAGGGACUUGUGGAGUUUGGCUCAAGAGAGGACUUUACAUUUCAGUUGCCUACUCCGUCCAAAGUAUCACCUGUUGGCAAGAAUGAUGGUUCCAAGAUAGACCACAACUUCAAUGUUAUGAUUGCCAACAGCCAUGUGGGAGCCAUGUCGCGAAUGAGUCGACUGUUUGUUUGAUGAAUAGAGAUAUUUCAUCUGGUUCACUACCAUACGCACACGAACCCUUAUCUAACCUGAAAAAAGCAAAACUAACUGGUGCGGUUCUUGAGUCCAAUGAUAUCGAUAUCAUCGUACACGUACGCCAGCAACUGUAUUAUUUUUAGUCAUAUGAUAAUGAGUCACCCUGUUUGAAACCUUCUUUGAUAUCGAACUUCUCGGAGAGGUCCUUUUCACUCCUGAUGGUAUUGCUCCUUUUGGUAUUGCUUAACGUCAAACAUAGUUCGAUAUAUUUCGUGCAAUUUCGUGAACCUGCAGCCAACUUCUGCCAAUAUAUUGUUCAAAAAAUUAAAUUCUGCUGGAACUCAUUGCAAUCUCUCAAUUUCUCAAAAACAAACUACUAAAAUCAAAAAUUCGUUUACAAAACCCUCAUCCAACUGAAAUAUUAUGCGCAUUAGAUUCGCUUUCCACCAAACAAUUUCGCUUUCACACUUUGUUGCAAAACAACGCAAUAAGUCUCGAAAAGCCCCGCUGCCGCUUACAAUUAAUUUCAAAAUCAGAUGUUACGCAUUUUUGUUGCAUCCGAAAUUUGCCAUGCGAAAUUUGUUUAAUGAGCCAUUUCGCGUCUGAGCACUGCUAAUGAUGGCUUGGCUGCUGCUGUUGCUGCCUGCUGUCCCGCCGCUUGGCGUUUGGCGCUCGGUGCUCGGUGCAACCACUAGUUGUUAUUACAACAUAUUACUCACUUUUGUGGCGCGCAUGUGUUGUUGUUGUUGUUGCAAUUCGUGCUUCGUGGGUAUGCAUUUGCGCGCGCCAUUUGCCGCCGUUGGUGGUGCGCCGCUCGCGCAGCACGAAGUGGCGCAAAACAUUUGCAUUGCGGCACCAAGGCCACCAGCGCCCAGCCAACGUCCCACCAAAGCCAGCAGCCACCGGCUACGCGUUCCAGGCAUUCACAGCGGCACUAAGCGCUUUUUAACUUGUUUGCUUUAGUGGUACGGCACAUUAUGGCAUUUGCCUUGUUGCUCUGCGUCGUGUCUCUUAACGCACUGCCGUCGGUCCCGUCCAACGUUCAGCCGCGGCAACUUAAGUGAAUGUAAAUCAAGUUGUGCGGCGUUGCCUUGUAUUAGUAUUCGUGUGUGUGUGUGUCUGUGAUGAUAUGUAACGGUGGUAUACUCACACGAGCACGCCAGUCUCAACUACACCGCAAAAGCCAUUAGCGUCCUGGAAUUUUGAAUUUCCGAAAAUUUGCGCAAAACUCAAACUUUAAAAGCUGCAAAUGUGUAGCUUUGACAUUGCCACACACCCGCAGACACACACAGGCGCGAGCGUACCACCUAGUCACUCGGUUGUGGCGCUCUUUGAAGUGUGCGUGAGUGAGGUGUGUUCUUACGUGUAUAGUAGUUGUAGUUGUUGUUACACGCGCGCCUAAGCUGCAAUUAGCCAAAUUGGAGUUAGCCACUAGCUCGCAUAUAUUUUUUCAUUUUACUACAAAUGGCAACAAUAAAAUUUGCAACACAGUUAUUUUACUGUUAAUUCCACACGGUCCAAUGCGUUUUAUUCGCUUCAUCCACAGACAAUUACGCGCAUUAACAAUAAAAUGUGUUUAUUAAUUCUAUUUGUGGGCUUACACUUUCACACGCACACUCUCACACUCACACACACACACAUGUAAAUGUUUAUAAAAUUAUAAUAGCGCUGCUAAUGGUAGCAAAUGCAGCUGUUUUUGCCAAAUUUUUGUGCAAAAAAAACAAUUUCAUAUUUUAAUUUGUGCUAAAUUAGGCAUAACAAAUAUAGUUCACUUGAUUUAUUGUUGUUAUAAUGGCAUUCCUAAUUGCGAUUAUGUUGGUCACUCUGUUCAAAUAUGUUCAACUGGGACAUCUGGCGGCGGAAAAUUUGUGGUAUUUUAAAGUGCUUAGAAUCAAAUGUUUCAAUUUCUCAAUAAUUGUGAGAGGACUAUGAGAAGAGAACUGUAUUCACUUAUAGCUAUCUGUGGUGCUCUCCUUCAGCACUUUAUAAAAUCUGUUUCUUACGACUCUAUUGACUCAUUUAAUCGGUUCAAAGGUCUGCUAUUCAAGACCCCUUAGUCAACUAGUGUUAGAUUGCUAAGCCAUUUGCUAAAACUGCGAAUCAAUGAGAAGAUGACAGCAUAUACGAUACAGCAUAUGUAGUUUUGAACCCACUAAAACUUUUGUCUAUGAAAAUACAAAUAAAAUAUUUUCUCAAAGUACUUAACGUUGACAUUACUUUCAGUAAUUACUUCUCAUAUGAUUAGAGUUAUAUGCCGAAUAAGAGAGAAAGAGAGAGUGAUAUUGAGAAAGAUAGAGAGAGCGUUGGAGAAAGAGUGAGAUAUAGAGAAAGCGAAAGAGAGGAAAAAUUAGCAAUUCGUUAGCAUUAAAAACUUUUGCGACAACUGAUAUUUUUGCUAUUUCUCGACUGGAAUUGGGUCAAUCGGGUCCUACGACUUUCUUCUAGAAUUUCGAUAUGCACCAAAAAUUGUUCUUAACAAAAAUCUAUCUUCGGAUAUGCCCAGGAAAACUCUCCAUCGAGUCACAGUUACAUGUAUGUAUUUAUUGGCGUAGGGACUGUUGAUUAUAGCCGCCAUUUCUCUUUUUCUCUCAAUUCGGCCCCAAUUGGAAAUUUCAAGUGAAACCAGUCGCACCUGAUCUUUGCAACGGAGUGGAGGUCUUCCUCUUACUCUACUUCAACCGGCGGUUAGUGCAUAUAAGACUUUCAAAGGUGGAGCUAACUAGCCAGCGUAGCCGCCGUCUUUUUAUUCGCUCAAUGUCGUCAUAUUACUCAUACUGAUCAUCGUUUCAUCGUCGUACAGUCCCCGAUUUAGUUAGGAUUCGUUACAGAUGACACCAGAAAUCAUCUCAGCGAAAGUGGAACGAAUAUUGGUUUCAACGACAGUCGGGUCUAAAUUAACGGAAAGAACCCGGAUUUAUAUCUGCUCAAAGACAGUUCGACACCAUUUCAUAAAAUUGUUUGUUGGUUUGGUUUAUGGAAAUAUAUUGAUUUUAUAUAUUGAUUUAGGCAAAACGCAGCUACGCCCAACUUAAUGAAUCCAACUUUGAUGAGUCUGGUGUUUUGGAAAACGAAGUGAAGAGAGGACUUUAAGAAGAGUUCUAAAGCUUCAUUUGUUUCAGUAUUCAACUGGAUAUUUCAACUAUGAAGGCUAUCUUCACUAUAACUACUUUUGGCUUAAAGUGAAUCACUGAAAUUUAAGACUUUCAAAUGCUUGGUACUAACGAAGCAUUAGCUUUGGCAUUUCGCCCAACUCAGUGAUAACCUCUCUCUCGUGGGAAAAAUCUUUCUAGGUUUAGGUUUAGAGAAAACAAAACUUUUGAAAAUCUUUGGAAAAAUGUUUUUAAUAAUUUCUUGUUUUUAGUUUCAUGAAAAAUAAUCCAAUUUUUUAUUCAUCUUCUUCGAUCUUCCAUCAACUUGAUCCAUAUUUAUGUUGUCGUUUUAACUUAUUGUUUAUGCAUUUAUUUAUUUAAUGGAAACACAUUCAUCGAUAUUCAGCUUUAGUAAAACAAUCACCACAAUGCUGCUGCAACAAGAACAACAACAGCCCCAGCAACCACUGAUCAAUAAAGAAUUUAAUCAAGCUGUUGGCAAUUUGAGGCAAUAACGCGACACAUGCAGCGGCUACAAUUAAAACUGAGUUGAUGAGUGUAUAUAUGAAUGUUUGUGUGUGUGUGUGUGUGAAGGGUGUACCAAUGCAGAUAACGGUGACACAACGCAAAUGAAUGCUUUGAGAGCUUUAAAUGCGAAAAUAUAUGCCAAUUACCGCAAUCAUGCUUAAUGCAAUUUAAAUGGCCAACAGAAAAGCUGCCGAAUUAAAACUAUGAAAUGCAAUGAGUGCAACAACAGCAACAACAACAGCAACACAAUAAUAAUAAAAAUUAUGUUAUAAAUCAUGGAUUGUGUUGUUGUUGCUGUUGUGAAAUAUUGAAAACGCUUUCCAUUGGAAUGACGAUUUUUGUGUCAAUUUGAAGCAUGAAAUCGAAUUAUUAAACGCAAACAUGCAACACAUUAAACAUAACGGGUUUUAAAACACCGUUGCCAAUAAAUGCAACAGUUGAAACGCGCAGCAGUUGGCACCCAGCUGCUGCGGGAGAGGAGGGGUGUGGUUUGAGUGCGAUCGCAAAUUAAAUGCUGAAAGUUGAGCGGCCAUUCAAUGCCACACGUUUGAUGAAUUAUGAAGUUGGCGGUGUGGCAUGUGGCAUGUGGCUGCACUGCAAUUUGUAUUAAGUGGGUGUGAAUUAACACGUCUCACAACAACAAUAACAGUAACAAAUAAAUAUGCGGAUUUAUGCUAAUGAAAGUAUGCGCAUUUGCAGCGCCGAUAAAAAGGUUAACACAGAAAAUAAGUUAAGUAAGGCAAACACGGCAAAAUAAACCAAUAAAACCAGAACAAAAAGGAAAAAGUUUAAAAAACAUAACAACAACAACAAUAAAAUGUUAUAAUUUAUUUAUAAGUAAUUACAGCACGCUGUAAUGCGCCCAUUUAAUAUGCGAUACAAUAAAAGUAUAAUAUAUUAACAAUAACAACAACGAAAACACCAAUACUUGUAGUUAAAAGCGAGCAUCAACAUACACACUCACACACACACAUACAUAAAAAUAUUUACAUAUAUACAUUUUAAUAUAAGCAUGAGUAUACUAAUACUGCUAGUGCUUUGCUCUCCACUGUAGUAUGAAAAUGCAAAUUUACUGCAUUCAAUAUUUAUCGUAUUUGAGUGUGUGUGUGUAUGUGUUUGUGCCGCUUGUUUCGGUUGCUAAAAUCCCUGCAAUUGUUUAUAGUAAUUUAUCGAUGGCAACGCAAUUGCGGUGGAUGAAAUUGUACAGAGGCAUAUUUACACGCAAAUAUAUUAAUAUAUAUAUAAAUAUAUAUAUAAACUCUUAUGAAGCUAUUUAAAUAUUACUUAUGAGUAAAACCUUUAUAUAUACAUAAAUACAUGAGCAUAAGUGAUUUCGUGUAUUGGAAAUGGAAAACCUAGAACUCUUGCAUUUAAGUAGUUAUACAUACUACAUAUAUAACAUAUUUAUAUAUUGUAAUAGACGAAACUGUAUCAUAUUUCUGAUCUAAACUUUAAUAAAUAUUUACAGUUAUUAUUAUAUGCAUAAAAGCCAAAUAUCGGAUGUAAGAAAUACUAAUGUGAAUAUAUGUAUGUUAUAGCCUUGUCCAAAGUGGUGUAAGACCCCAUUUUAAGAUUCUAAAAAUAAUACAUUUCUUUUCAAAUCACUUUAAUUUACAAUUUUACGCAUAUCCAAAUAUUUAUAUAUGAAACUAUUACAACUAUAAUUGAAGUAUGCUGUAAAAAUUAUUUGAAGCACUUUAUGAACUCAAAUCUUUAAAUGUCUCACCAAUAGAAUGAGUUUAAAAAUCAUUUCUUGCUUGCUAUUUUGUAAGCAACUGAGAAAAUGAUGCUCAGUUCAGAUGAAAUAUUCCUCAAAAUAUUUAAUAAUCACUUUAACAGCUUAACUGUAAAAUAUAUACUUCAUCAUGUUCGUUGUUCGGUUUUUAAGAUGACAGGUGUUCUGAAGUUUUAGUAAAAUGUUUUUUUGGAAUACGCUGCGAUUUUUUGUAGUGUAUAUGGCGUAGAAAUAUUUAAGAAUAUAGUUGAAGCAUGAUUUCAAUUGUUUUUUUCCUUAUUAGAAACUUCGAUAAGAUCUCUUCGGUAUGUAAAAAAAAGAUUAAUUGAAAAAUAUUCAACCGAAUAACAUAAAUCGAAUCCUAACAACAAUCACAAACCUCGAGAACUCCUGAGUAACGAGGUUCAAGCGAAUCGAUGAAUUUUUCUAAAUAGUGUCCGCCAUAUUGGAUUUUAAAUUUUGAAAAGCCGACACCGGGUUUUUAAAAACACGGUCCGCCAUAUUGCUUUUUGGGAUGGUUAUUUCAAAACACUGAGAUGAUGAGUUAAGGGGUUAGGGAUAGUCAGAGACACGAAGAAAUUAUAUCAUGUUAUUUUACAAAAGUAAUAGUAUGGCAUUAUUCUACAUUGUUUUGACUUGAAGUCACGAAAAUUUGAAAAAAAAAAUAUAAUUCCAAAGUUAUAGCUGUCUGUGUUGACCCAGUUUCAAGAAAAGGUCAUUGCGGUGACAAUCAUAAGUCCUUGGAGAUUCAUCUAAAAUUAAUCGGAUAUAAAAAAUCAGUUUUAUUAAUAGAUAAUCCUGGGCCUGAACCAAACUUUUUUUGGUUUUUUUAAUUAACAAAAUGGCGGCCUCAGGAAAUUUUUUCCUAGAUUUUCGGGAAAAAAUCAACAGUUAAUUGUUCUGAAAAAAUCGAAAUUUUGAAAAAAAAAUCUUUGGUUCAGGCCUGAGUUUAUUAUGCAUUCUAAAAGCUGUAGAAAUUUCAUUACAGUUGUCACCAGUUCAAAAAAAAUAGUUUUGAGAAAAAAGCAUUUAAAGUUUCACACCAGCGUGUUGGAGUGCCCUAGCGCUUGUUGUUAUUUGUCGAAUAACUCUAAAAGCAAUUAUCGGAUAAACUUUAAAUUUUCAGAGUAUAUUUUUAAGAUAUUACACUUAAUGAAAAUGCAAAAAAAAAAUGAUUUUUUGAAAAUCCUGACUACCCCUAACCUCUUAAAUGGAUAUCAGAUUCAGAUUCAGAUUCUGUGAUCCCAAAAACAUUAGGUACACAUAGAAAGACCGCCAGGUCAGAACCAAAAUUUUUUGUGUGUGGCUGUGUGAUUUAAAGGUUCACUAAUACAACUUAAAUCUUAAGAACACCACUCAAUAU